CGACAGGAGCUCAGCCGUGGUGGAUUCCACGAGACGGAUAUUAGAUUAACACAACAAUCGUACAUAAUUGUAAUAAAAUCGCGGACAAAAGCGUGAUUUGAAAGAACUAGCCAAAAGGAACGAAAAAGAAAAACAAAAAAGAGAAGACAGAGAGAGAGAGAGAGAGAGAGAGAGAGAGAGAGAGAGAGAGAGAAAUAGAAUUAUAAUAUCAUAGAACAAAUAUCGAACGUGCUUUCGUGUCUAUUCGUUUCCGCGAUUUUUGUGAUUAGGCUAGCUUAGGAUCAGGUGUGUCAUCAUGAAGACUAUCCUUUUGAGGACUUUGAUCGUCGCUGUGAUUCUUGGGACAGGAGUAGUGGGAUAUCCUCCACAGGAGAGACUUAUGCCAGAUGGUGCACCGGUUCCCGAGGACGCCGUCGCCCACGAGGAUUCCAUGGCGUCCGCGUCGGAAACCGGGGAGGAUUAUGGGGAAGUCGAUGAUUCUGAUAUGUAUAUGGAGACCGAUGGCGCGGAAACGAUGACGGAUCGCGUCGAAGAAAAUCGUACGGAUAGGAUCGAAAUCGAUGGGACGACGAUGGCAAACGAUGAUAAACGUAAUGAAACGAGUACGGAGGAAGAGAAUGCGAAUGAUCAGGAAACGAAAAAUACCGAAUUGUCGCCUCAAACUCGGCCAACCGAGACCGUUGAUAAAAGUUUAGAAACCGAAAGUCAAAACUUUUUCCCGUCGUUCGCUGAAUUAUUUAGCAAUCAAAGAUUACCGUUUACCGAUCAGCAACAAAGAUACAGGCCUAACAGGUUCCUAAGUUAUUUUCAACGGGAUCGUGGUGUAUAUCAAACAUCUUCGUCGUCUUCCAAAGAGGUUCAACAUCCUCUUUUGGGUUCCGGAAAUUUCGGAGUUAUUCGUGGUGGAACUUAUUAUCCCGAAGAUAGGGAGAACGAAGAGUAUGCCGUCGAAGAUAGUCUUUAUAAUCCUUAUUAUCACGGUACGACUGGUCGUGCUCGUGCCAAUUAUUAUAGGAACCCUAAACCGCAGCCGGUUCGUGGUGGAGAUUUCUUCGCGAACUUCCGCGAUUUCGCCGACAUCACGGCACCGCCGAAGUCGAGUUUCUCUCAUCUCUCUGUGGUUUACGCGAACAAGAAUGGCAGUACGACGGGACGUAUCACGGAACCUAGAAACAUCAUCGAAACUCUAAGGAUGUUGGAGGAAGAGGAACGUAAUAACGAAAUGGAAAUAACAACGACGGAAGUACCAAGGAAGAAGCUGAGCAAAGGAAAAAGGAAAUUGAUCAAGAUGAAACAAUACGAGGAGGACAAGGCGAGAAGAUCUCGCGUUACAGUCGAGCCUCUUUUAGCUUUGAGUUGAGAAUAGACUAUGUACUUAUUAGUGUGUACGUUUUAGGGGACGUUUUAGAAACUUUGGGGAUCGUUACGUCCUACGCGCAAGUAAUCUGGCCCUCGCGAGAUCGGCAACCAAAGUCACUCCAGUCCUCUUUUGAUUGUCGGAGGUAGCGAAAAUGCGUGUGAAAGUUGGUUCAGUCGCGUCGAAGGAGAUAAUAGCUUUUCCUUUUGUAUUUUUCUUUUUUUUUUUGUCGUACAAUUGGUCUUUCCUCGAAAACGAUUCAACGAAACAAAACGCGAAAAAAUUUCGUUAUCGAUGAUAAAAUAUAUAAAUAGAUAGAUGGAUAGAUAGAUAGUAUAUAUAAGAUAGUAAUAGCAAUAGUAGUAGCAAUAAUAAGUCUCAUUGACGAGUUAAACGAAUUCGUAGGAAAUAUCUUGCUUAUCGUGCGUAUCCAAGAUUGUCAUCCAAGAUGUCAUCCAAUAAGAGAAAAUCUAAUGAUUAUUAUUGACCGAUUCAUGGGCACGCGCCAAAUUGAUCGUACGAGAGUGGCGCGUGCACUUUCGUUACGCUCGAGUAAGCCUGAAUACCGGAACGAGUAAACGAGUACGGAGAACGACGACGAGCUCGUUCGCGCGAUAAAACGUGGGCCUUCGAGACUAAACACAAGUCCGGACAGACGCACGCGACUUCACGUAGUUCUCGUGACCGCUCCUACAAGAAAACAAAAACCCUCGGCUAUUUAUUUGCAUGCAUGCCACCAUAAUCCAUUGGUUACGCGCGAAACUUCUUCUAAUGGAAUCGAGAAAAAGGAUAUAUGGUAUUGGAAUGUACAAGCGAGAAAAAAAGAUACAACGAUCGACGAGAACGAACUUUACGACUUUUACGAAAUUCUGCCUUUUAUCUUACUUUCGUGUUUCUUGUCUCCUGCGAUUAAUAUCUUCUUCUGCGUCAUACGUGCUAUUCGUAAGUUGUGUCUUUUAUGUUUUCGUAUCGUUUCUUAUAAGUAUCGUACCUAAUAGGUUCGUUAUAAGUACGCCCUUUGUUUUCACUAUGAGUCUAGAAUAAGUCAAGUCGCGAUAAUUUUAUUUUAUUUUAUUUUAUUUUAUUUUAUUUUAAUUUAAUUUAAUUUUAUUUUAAUUUAGGAUAUUAGUUUAUUCCAGCAAGUAAUUCUCGCAAUAUUAUUCUGUUUUAUGUCUGAACAUCGGUACUUCGCCAGAUCGUCUUUAUUUUUAGAUUUAUCAAUGUUUAAGUUGAAAGAAAAAAAGAAAAAGAGAUAAUGAAAAAAAAAAAGAAAAAAUUAAGAAACAAGAUAAAGGAAGAAGAGAAAACGAUUACGUACGCAUUCGUAGAACCACUAAAGACUGCUUAUUCUCUUACAAUCUUCGUUGAUCUACGAAAGUAAUGCUAAUUAUUAUUAUUAUUAUUAUUAUUAUUAUUAUUAUUAUUAUUAUUAUUAUUAUUAUUAGUAUUAGUAUUAGUAUUAUUAUUAAUAUCAUUACUAUUAUUAUUACUAUUAUCAUUAUUAUUAUUAUUAUUAUUAUUACUAUUAUUAAUAUCUUUUCUCCUUGAUGAAACUUUUCACUAUCCCGGAUCUUCCUAAGUAUAAAUUUAUUUUUUUUCCUUCUUUUAAGUACGAUUGAUCGUGACGCGUCGGGAAUCACGAAAGCGACGAUUUCUUCUUUUAUAUCGAGGACGAAAUUCACGGCGAUUAAGGAUAUCUUCGAUCCUUCGUCGUAAAUCUCGAACGCAUUGUUAUUUCAUUUGUUGUUGACUGUUGUAGCUUUAUCGAUAGGUUUAGUCGAUCGAUAAGGAAACUAAACAUAAAAUGUAUUCGUGAAAAUUCGUGUCUCUCGUUCUCCCACUCUCUACUUUGCGAGGACACGAGCUAAACAAAAAGAAAUAUAUAUACAUAUACACAUACAUUAAUAAAGAAAAAAAAUAACGAA